AUGAAAACUGCAGAAGAAAUGUGGUUACUACAUGUUCAAAGAAAACACUUUGCUGAUGAAUUUGAGUCAAUUAGAAGUGCAAAGAAAAACAAUCUGCAACAACAAUUAGGUCUUUAUAUUGAUGAAGUUGGACUACUGCGAUGCAAAGGCAGAUUAGAGAAUGCGGAUAUCAGUGAAAAUGCCAAACAUCCAGUACUUCUGCCAAGAAAAGAUCGUUUGACAUAUCUUUUCAUUGACAAAAUACACAAAGAAAUUCUGCAUAGUGGUGUUUCCCAAACGUUAGCAAAAACAAGACAAAGAUUCUGGAUUCCACAUGGUCGAGCAACAAUAAAGUCUGUUCUACAUAUGUGUACAGUGUGUCGCCGCUUUGACGGAGGUCCUUAUAAGAUGCCGCCGAUGCCGUCUUUACUCCAUCUAGAGUGA